AUGUUGGCUCAUCUUGGAAUUGCACUAACAGCUCGUCUUUUACUAAUAAGUUAUGCUGAAAUACAAGACAAAGUGUCAGAAGUCCAGUACACUGACAUUGACUAUCGAGUGUUUACAGACGCAGCUCGACAUGUGAUGAAAAGUGGUUCACCAUACGAAAGAUACACGUACAGAUAUUCCCCUCUAAUAGCAUAUUUAUUAAUACCAAAUUUAGUUUUUCACCCCGCUUGGGGGAAAUUUGUGUUCUCUGUUCUUGACAUUGUCGUUGCAGUUUUGAUUAAACAAAUAGUAAAGCUCCAUUACAAGUCUGUGACAGAAAGUUGUGCUGAGAAAUGUGCUUUAGUUUGGUUGUACAACCCGUUAGCUAUAGUGAUCUCAACCCGAGGUAACGGGGACUCGUUAGCUGCAGUUCUAGUAGUGCUGACUUUGUUGCUCCUGAAGAAAGAGAACUACCUGUUAGCGGGAGCAGUUCACGGGUUGGCGAUCCACACACGUUUGUAUCCCAUUGCGUUCAGUCUCGCAAUGUAUACGUCUAUACCGUUAUUUUCUUCUGAGAAGAACAGAUCCGGAUUGUGGAGAAUCGUCAGCUAUUUUAUGCCCAACUAUAACAGAGUAAAGUUAGUGGUGGGUUGCCUGCUGACGUUGUCCAGUCUCACUUACGUGUUCUACAAACUGUACGGCUAUCAGUACGUGGACGAGAGCGUCCUGUUUCACCUGAGACGUCACGACAUCAGACACAAUUUCUCCGUGUACUUCUACCACCAGUACUUGUCGACAGCAACGAGUAUGUACCAGCGGCUGCUGACUGUGACACCACAGCUGGCACUGCUACUCACUCUGUCUCUCCUGUACGGCUCGCCCAGAGAUCUGCUGUUCUGUACUAUGUGUCAAGCCGUGGUGCUGGUGGCCUACAACUCGGUACUCACGUGUCAGUACUUUGUCUGGUUCCUGUCCCUACUGCCACUGUGUCUGCCAGACUUGAAGCUGUCCAGGCCACAAUGUGUCACCCUUGGUUGUCUGUGGCUCGUGGCUCAGCUGGCUUGGCUCCUACCGGCUUACUGGCUCGAGUUUAGGGGCAGGAACACCUUCCUGUACGUGUGGCUUCAGGGCAUUGCUUUCUUCUGUGCCAACAUGGCCGUCUUGGCUCGGCUAAUACGGGCGUACAGACCUAGAGCGAAACUGCAAUGAAAUUUUCUCAUGUUGAUGUAGUCAUAAUAUUGUAGACUGAUAAUUUAGUCAGGUUUAGAUCAGUGUUUUUCUGAAAUUUGAUAGAUCUUUAGAUGUUAAAUUAAUUAAUGUACUGUUUUCUUGUUAAGAAUAAAAAAAUAUGUGUUUGUUA